AUGUCAUCUGUUGUUUCAGGUGUGAGUGGAGCAGAAGUGACUGAUGUGUUCAUCAGUUCUGGUGAAAGUGUGUCUCUGUCCUGUCAUGAUGCUCUUCAUCAAUGCUCCUCAACUACAUGGAUCUACAAUAAUUAUACAUCAUCAUCUGCAGUAGAAGUGUUUGCUGGAGGAAUAAACAAGAAUAACACAGAGAGAUCUGAGAGACUGAGUCUGACAUCUGACUGCUCUCUCAACAUCUAUAACACAACACAACAUGAUGGUGGAGUUUACACCUGCAGACAAUAUGUGAAUGGACAUCAUCUUGGACCUGAUUCACAGGUUUAUCUACAUGUUCUUCAUGUGUCUUCAUCAUCAUCAUCAUCAUCAUCACAGACUGAGAUAAGAGCAAACACAUCUGUCACUCUCUCCUGUCAGCUGUUUUCAUAUGACUGUGAUUAUGUGUUGAGUUAUGAUGGAUUUCAGCUGGUGUGGAUGAAUCAGACUGAUGUUGAUCUACAGACAGACUCCAGAUAUCAGAUUAGAUCAGAUGAACAUGAUUGUCUCAUCUCUCUGACUACAACACUGGUGAAUGAAGACGACAACACAGAGUUGAGAUGUGUGCUCAAACACAAGAAUGACAUCAAGACCUCAGUCACAUAUACUGUCAGAUUUACAGAGCAAAGAGGGCCAGUUUCAGCUGUGCUGACGGAUUCCAGUGUGCGCAAAGAUCCGACCGUGAUCUAG